AAAAUAUUCCAAGAACAAGUGCUGAACCUUCGGAAAUCCAAAUACGAGUCGCUCAAGGCCGAUAGAGAAAAGAUGUCGGCAAGUAUUAUCCAGACACGGAGAGAAGAACGCGAGGCCAAUAGGAAGUUAAUAUUUUUCUUGAGAUGCGAAGAGGAGAGGCAGAGAAGGUUGCAUGAAGAGGAGGAAGCACGCAAGCGUGAAGAGAUGGAGCGGAGAAAGAAAGAAGAGGCUGAGAGGAAAGCAAAGCUUGAUGAAAUAGAGGAGAAAGAGAGGAAGCGCAGGGAAGAAAUCCUGGGGAGGUCCACACGAUCAACUACCCCAAUUGCUCCUCCUAAGCCGCCACCUGUGGAGGCAACACAGCCACCGGUAGCCGGAAAAUUUGUGCCAAGCUUCAAAAGAAUGGAGGCUUCUGGCGGCCCACCUCUUGAAACUGCUGACAGAUGGUCCCGUCUGCCUCCUCCGGUUAACUAA